GUUGUAGUACUUUACUCUUUAAGUGGCUAGGUCCGGGGAACUAAGGGAAGUAACUGUAGCAGCAAGUUUACAAAAAAUAAUUUUCACACUGACUACAGCUAUUGUCACCAGAUUGAGGUUACUUUGAUAGAGGCAGCCCUUUUACAAGUGUUAAAAACUUGCCCACCGUUUUCCACCGACUUCAUUAAGAUGGUGAAAACAUCAACAGCUUUGUUUACUGCCGUCUUUGUGGUGGUUGGUGCAGUCAUCAAUGUACACGCUUCCAAUCGCAACGAGAGGGCCAUCGGUGGCCAAGAAUUCAAGCGGGGCCAGUGGCCAUGGCUGGUCCUACUAAAAGGGGAGAUAGUCACGAGCCGACUGUUUGGUCUUCUCCCCCUCGGCAAGAGAUACGCCACCUGUGGGGGUGUCCUCAUCUCUGACCAGUGGCUCGUGUCUGCUGGACAUUGUUUUGAGGACAGCAACUGGAGAUGGAAAGCCAGUCUGGGAUCUGUGAGGUACAAGCCGUCAUUCGGUGAUCGAUUCUUCAAUCUUGUCGGGAAAGUGAUCGAUAGCGAUCGGCUCAGAGUCUGGGAGGUGAAAGUCGAGAGAAUCAUUAUCCACCCCCACAUCAAUCGCACAGAGUUCAGCAAUGACAUCGCUUUGGUGAAGCUAUCGAAGGCUGUGCCCGCCAGUGGCAGAUACUCCAACAUCAGGAGCAUACCACUGCCAUCAGAAGAAGACAGCUCCUUCCCUCAACCUGGUCAGGUCUGUGUCACCAAAGGCUGGGGGUGCACCACUAAAGAUCAAGGCCCAUCUAGUCAUGCCAGACAGAUAGAGAUCCCCGUCUUAGAGCCGGCAGUUUGCAACUUAACAUACAGGAAGUCAAUGGACAAUAGAAUCUGUGCUGGACACAUCAACAUGGGUGUAGGGGUGUGUCAGGGUGACAGUGGAAGUCCUCUGGCCUGUAAAAAGGGAAACAACUACGCCCUAGCUGGGAUUGUCUCAUUCAACAGCAAACACCACCCUGAGAACUAUCCAGCCGUCUUCACCAAGAUCCACUCCUAUAUCCCAUGGAUAAAAUCAGUGAUGACAACAUUCAACUAACUUGUCCACCCAACAAACUAGUUCUUUCCUUGUGUACAAUAAAUUUUGCAAAUAGUU